UUCCAGAAACCACCAUUUGCUUUUAUUACAACACUCAGCCAAAAAGAAGAAGUGCAGAACUCGUAACUUGAGUCUGCAUUCAGAGUCUAUCUGCGUCUGAUACUGAACUGAUCUGUGUCAAAGCCAGUGCUGCGGUUUGACUUUAGGUUUCUGCCUCUGAGACUGUUAAUUAUAAAUCAGUAAAACAUGGAGGAAGAAGUAAAUUACACGACGGUGACAUUCAAGAUUAAUGAAACAACAACAGCACUUGAGAAACCGAACAACCUGGAAGUAGUCUAUGAAGAGGUGAAGACUCAGGAGCAGGCUUUGCAUCCUGUCACAACAGAGAAUAAAAAGGAAACUCCCCUCUGCACUCUGCCCACGUUGGUCGUAGCAGGUUUUGGGAUGAUUUGUAUCAUCUUGGUGUCAGUCGUCAUCGCCCUCAGUAUCCACUUCACAUGGGAGUACAGAGAAAACAUCAACUUAAAAUCACAGAAUUGGCAGCUGAAGGCAGAGAGGGCCGCCUUACAGAGACGAACUGAAGAGCUGGCCAGAGAGCGAGACCGACUCAACUGGACCAUCGGACUCAUACUGGAAUAUGAGAACUUUCCCGUGAAGACACGCUGCCCACAGAAAGUUUGUAAACCUUGCCUGGAAGGCUGGGUGUUGUUUCAGUCAAGCUGUUACCUGUUUUCCACCAACUGGAGGUAUUGGGAGUCAAGUCAUUAUUAUUGUAGCGAAAAUAAGGCCUAUCUGGUGGUGAUUGGAAGCCAGGAAGAGCAGGAAUUCAUCAGUAACCACACAGACCAAUACAAUGAUGACGAAAAACGUGGCUACUGGAUCGGCUUGAAGUACAAAGACACCAUGGAUACAUGGAUGUGGGUUGAUGGCAGUAAUUCCACAGUGAAGUACUGGAUACCAGACCAAGACGAUUUCAGGGAAUCUUGUGCUUUAAAUCUGAAGCGUGUGAAUCCUCUGGAGAGCUGGCACAAAACGAGUUGCAGCACAAGAAACCGCUGGAUCUGUGAAACAAAAGCCUUGAUCAGAUCAGACUAAGAGUCAGUUUCAUUAUCAAAAAUAGGUCCUUGAACAUUUUUGCUCAUUUAAUUUUAUCUGUCAAUUUUCCUUCCUUUCAGACAUUUUUCCUGGUAUUUACAAAAGUCAAAUAGAGUUGUUUUUCAUGAUUUUUUGCAAGCUCCAUUUAUACAAUCCUUGCAGCGUACACCACGUUGGAGUUUUAUAUACCCACUAUGAAUGCAAUUUAGUGUUUAAAACUUAAGCACCCAUAUAACAUCAGUAAACAAACAGGGAAUAAAUAAAUAAUUUGUCACAAAAAAGGUCAAUUAAUGAAGAGGCAAAGUAGAACAUCAAUGUCACUUCAUGUCACACUCUACAAAUGAAAUAAUGGCCACAUUUACUUUCAGUAUUAUUUUUAGUGCAUUCAAUGACAUUCAUUUAUGCAUUGUACCAUUUCGCUAUUUAUUUUAGAUUUUGGCAUUUUCUGACCUCUAUGUUGGCCCUGAUCACAUACUGCAACCUCAAUAAUAAACAUAAAGAAGAAAGAAGAAUAAAGAAGAAGAAGAACUUCUGAAAAUAUAAAAGCUACAAUUUAAGAUUAAGAUUUAAGGCAGGAUUGCUGUAUUUAGAUUAGUUUAGCUUUGCAGGUGCACUGUAACAAAUUUUGCUGUAAAAUGACUUAAUUCUUAGUAAAUUAUAUUUUACUGUACUUGUUGAUAUUGUAAUUUAAAUUAACAGUUAAGUACCUCUACAUUGUAACUAGACUUAAAAAUAAUAUACUGUUCAUAUAUCAUGUUUCCACUGUAAUCCACAAUAAUAGUAGUUGCAGUUUUGUGUGUCCUUUUUGUAAUGUUAUUUCUGUUAUUUGCAAUCUUGUGUCUGGUUUGUGUGAUUUUGUCUCAAUUUGUGUCUUGUUUUUGUCAUUUUGUUUCAGUUUAUUGUUGUUUUUAUGACUUAUUUGUGUUAUUUUGUGUCAGGUUUUUGCUGUUUUGUGUCUGGUUUGUGUUCUUUCGUGUAUCGAUUUGUGGCUCAUUUUUGUUGUUUUGUCUCGUGCGGUCUUUUUGUGUCAUGUUUGUGUCUAGUUACGUUCAUUUUUGUAAUCCGAUUUUUGUCAUUUUGGGUCUCGUUUAUGUUGUUUUGUGUUGAUUUAUGUCUCAUUUGUGACAUUUUGUGUUGUUUUAUAAGUCAGUUUGUAUCUUGUUUUGUGUCAGAUUUUUGUUGUUUUGCAUCUCGUUUGUGUCAUGUGUCUCAAAUGUGUGUGGACAAUGUCAGUCUUUACAGUAGCCUGCUGUUAAUGAUCUUUUUUGUUUUGACUACAAAAAAUGCAUCAUAUUUUACAGUUUUAACUGUAUUUUGGUGCAGUAAACUGCUGUUUGGUAUUUUUAUGGUAAUUUAUUGCGUAUGUCCAGAUAUGUAGGAAUACAGUAGGAGUUUGAAUGUACUUGUGUAUAUUUGAUUUGUUCAGUGCGAUUUUCCACAAUAAAAUCCAUCUAUUGUGUA